AGUUGGUUGUUGUCUGCUGCCAGUACUAGUGGCGCCAUUAUAGAGUUGGCGGUUGAAGUGAGAGCGGAAGAUAAUACGAAGGUUUGGUAAAAAUACAUCGCGCGUGUUCUCGACUUGGAUGUUGCAUUUAGAGAUGCUGCUUUAAUAAAUCAGUACAUUUAUUGGUCAGCAGCAAGUGUACCAAAAUGGCCAGCGCGGCAAAUUUGAGCAAAUGUUUCAUCGUCUCUCUUCUGGUGUGUUGUUUAACGAUAUCCUGUUCGGAUGCAUUGGAUCGUGUAUGUGAACCGAUUCGCAUAGACACAUGCAAGCAUUUAGGCUACAAUGUAACAGGAAUGCCGAAUUUCGUUGGUCACGAACUUCAACAAGAUGCCGAAUUACAAUUGCAAACAUUUACACCAUUAAUUCAGUACGGGUGCUCAGCUCGUUUACGUUUUUUCUUGUGUUCGGUGUAUUUUCCUAUGUGUACUGAAAAAGUACCUGUACCUAUUGGACCAUGCCGCUCGUUAUGUGAAGAUGUUCGUGAUAAUUGUCAACCUGUACUUCAAGAAUUUGGAUUUCCUUGGCCGACUGGAUUGAACUGUUCGAAGUUUCCACAAAAUAACGACAAGCAUAUGUGCAUGGAAGGACCUGCUGAUCCUAAAGGAUCUGACGCAAGUCCUAGAAAUAGGAAUAGAAAUAGGCGCCCUAGUAUCAUAAGGAACCAUGAUACAUUCACAGAUCAAAUGAAAAUUCCUAUGAAUAGAAUGUAUUAUCAGAAUUAUGGACUAUGUAAACAUUUUUUCUCCGAGUAUUAUUAUUACAUUAAUCGUACUCAAAGGUGUGCUGCUUUGUGUUCAGCUGAUAUCAACUUCAGUCCAGAUAACAAAAUUUUUGCUGAUUAUUGGCUUGGCAUUUGGUCUUGCACAUGUUUUAUCACUACAUUAUUUACAAUAAUUGUUAUACUGUUUGAUGAAUCUCGUGUCCAGUAUCCUGAAGGAGCAAUUGUUUUUAUUAGUGUUUGCUACAAUGCCUGCUCAGUCGCAUACUUGGUCCGCCUAUUAGCUGGCCGUUACGAAUCAUCCUGCCACAUGGAUACUCAACAUGAUGCUGCCAUUCUUAUACAGGAAGGUUUGGAUAAUGUAAAUUGUACUGUCAUAUUUGUCAUGCUUUUCUUCUUCAGUAUGGCUGCAGCUGGAUGGUGGGUAAUUCUUUGUGUUACAUGGUAUUUAUCUGUAUCCUUAAAGUGGAGGCCAGAUGUUAUUGAUCGCUACAGUACAUAUUAUCAUCUUUUCGCAUGGACCGUACCCUCUUCAUUGACAAUAGUUGCUCUUGUUACCAGAGUUAUUGAUGCUGAUGAACUUAUUGGUAGUUGUUAUGUUGGUAACCAAAGUACCCAAAACCUUCUUUUUUAUGUUAUUGUGCCAUCUUCUGCAUACUUGCUCAUAGGUGUAGUGUUUUUGUCCUUGGGAUUGCUUCCAAACAAGUGUCAUGCCAAAGAAUAUUCUCAUGUUGUUCCACCAACCAUCUCUCCACCAGUUUCUGAAAAAGUGGCUGGUUUAUCAGUACGCAUAUGUAUAUUUGCUGUGUUGUACGUUGUUCCUGCACUAUGUGUGUUAGGAUCUGAUGUAUAUGAAUAUAUGAAUCGUGACAGUUGGAUUGCUGCUGGGUCUUCUGCACGACCCAAUGUAGAAAUUUUUACUCUGAAAAUAUUUAUGUCUCAAAUAAUGGGCUUUACUACUAGUUUGUGGACAUGGUCCAGUAAAGGACCUAGACGAACUUGGAAAAAACUCGUUCGCACGUUUACCAGACGAAAACAACCUGUGCCAUCAUAUCUUCAUGUGCGACCUCAGGUUUUAGUAAUGGCAGAAAAAUCUAAGAGAUCUUUGAGCAAAGCAAACAGUGAAACGGUUGUAUAAGCUCACUUCAUAUAAAGUUAUUCAUACCAAAGUAAUCUCAGAAGAAGAUUGUUUUCUCAUUUUGUAAAACAGUCUGGAUAUUAUUCUUUACUGUAUAUGACUGAUGUAAACAUGGUGUACAUAUGUAAUUGUAAAUAAACUCGCACAGUAUGAA